CUACAAAAAUAAAUUUAGACAGACAAAAAAAUAUUAGUUUUUUUUUAUAAUUAAAAAAAAAUGGGAAAUAGUCUCCCAAAUAAUGGAGGGUGAAGUGGAGAGAGAGAGAGAGAGAGAGUCCAAACUCAAAGACCAGCUCCUCCUUUUUCAGCUAUCUCUUCUUCAUCCAUCUGAAUCGGACUUUGUAUCAGAAAGAGAAUAAAAUUCUGGAAAGAUCAAGUAAGAUUGAUUCUUGGAGAAAUUGUUGUCAUUUACUUGUAUGACAGAAGAAGAUAGCUCAGCAAAAAUGUCAGAGGAUGUUGAGCGAUAUCUCAAGUUAAAUCCACCUUGCUCCUCCGCCGUUGCGUCUCGCACUUUCAAAUCUUCUACGCCGCCAUGUCCAGAUCAUGUCCUCGAGAACGUUUUAGAGAACGUGCUUCAGUUCCUCACUUCCAGAUGCGAUCGCAACGCCGUUUCAUUGGUCUGCAGAUCGUGGUAUCGCGUCGAGGCUCAGACCCGAUUCGAGGUUUUUAUCGGUAACUGUUACUCGCUCUCUCCUGCUCGGCUCACUCACCGGUUCAAGCGUGUUAGGUCUCUUGUGCUUAAAGGGAAACCUAGGUUUGCUGAUUUUAAUCUCAUGCCUCCUAAUUGGGGUGCUCAGUUCGCGCCUUGGGUUGCUGCAACAGCUAAGGCUUAUCCUUGGCUCGAGAAGCUUCAUUUGAAGCGUAUGUUUGUUACGGAUGAUGAUUUAGCUCUUCUUGCUGAGUCGUUUCCUGGGUUCAAAGAGCUUACUUUGGUCUGCUGUGAAGGUUUUGGGACUAGUGGUAUUGCUCUUGUUGCCAACAAAUGCAGACAGCUAAAGGCUCUUGAUCUGAUGGAGUCAGAAGUCACCGAUGAUGAGGUGGAUUGGAUUUUUUGUUUUCCUGAGGGUGAAACUCAUCUGGAGUCUUUGUCUUUUGACUGUGUUGAAUCCCCUAUCAAUUUCAAGGCAUUGGAGGGGCUCGUGGUUAGGUCACCGUUCUUGAAGAAACUUAGAACCAACAGAUUUGUUUCCCUUGAAGAGCUGCAUCAACUAAUGGUUCGAGCGCCGCAGUUAACCAGUCUUGGCACGGGAUCAUUUAGUCCAGACAAUGUGCCUCAGGGUGAACAACUACCGGAUUAUGCAUCUGCUUUUCGUGCUUGUAAAUCCAUAGUUUGUCUCUCAGGAUUCAGGGAAUUCAGGCCGGAAUACCUCCUAGCUAUCUCUCCAGUUUGUGCUAAUCUCACCUCUCUUAACUUCAGUUAUGCUAACAUUUCUCCUCACAUGCUCAAGCCCAUCAUACGCAACUGUCACAAUAUCCGAGUCUUCUGGGCUCUUGACUCGAUACGAGAUGAAGGACUACAGGCAGUGGCUGCCACAUGCAAGGAGCUCCGUGAGCUUCGGGUUUUCCCUUUUGAUCCUCGUGAAGACAGCGAAGGUCCUGUCUCAGGAGUAGGCCUGCAAGCAAUAUCAGAGGGCUGUAGGAAACUAGAAUCUAUCCUGUACUUUUGCCAGCGGAUGACUAAUAAAGCUGUGACAGCCAUGUCUGAGAACUGCCCGCAGCUUACUGUGUUUAGGCUUUGCAUAAUGGGUCGCCAUAGGCCUGACCACGUGACAGGAAAGCCAAUGGACGAAGGAUUUGGUGCCAUUGUUAAAAACUGCCAGAAGCUAACCCGACUUGCAGUAUCAGGGUUACUAACAGAUGAAGCUUUUAGCUAUAUAGGAGAAUAUGGGAAACUGAUCCGGACGUUAUCUGUAGCUUUUGCUGGGAACAGUGACAAGGCUCUGAGAUAUGUUCUUGAGGGUUGUCCUAAACUACAAAAGCUUGAAAUCAGGGACAGUCCCUUUGGGGAUGUUGGAUUGCGCUCUGGUAUGCAUCGGUAUUGCAAUAUGAGGUUUGUUUGGUUGUCGUCAUGUGUCUUAUCUCGGGGAGGCUGUAGGGAUGUUGCUCAUGCUCUGCCUAAUGUAGUGGUGGAAGUAUUUGGAUCAGAUGGUGAUGAUGAUGACGACACUGUCACUGGGGAUUAUGUUGAGACACUGUACUUGUAUCGGUCCCUUGAUGGCCCAAGGAAAGCUCCAAAGUUUGUAACAAUUUUAUGAGAAAAAACUUUGGUGCAGAUGAGGCCAUGCUUGGGGAAAAGCAAAGCUAGCUAGCAGAAGAUAAUGUGUUUGUAAACUGUAAGUGCUUCAGCUACACUGCAUGAUUUGUUUUGCCAUUUGACUCUUCUUUGAAUUCGUCUUAUACCAAGAAGAGUGUAGUGCGAAGAAAGAAAAAGUUAUGAAAAGGAACGAAAGAAUGUCUAUUAUUGUUAGUGUUGUAAUAAUUGUUUUUCACAAACAUUGCCAGAUUUAUUUACAGCCAUUUCACGAUUAUUAUCCAAAGAAUUAUUCGUUAUA